CCAGUCAGCAGCAGUAUUCUACAGCUGACGUGGACCUCUGUCCUCUAGACAUGGCCCUGGGCCCCCUUGAUUCCCAGCCCUGUGGCGGUGCAGGGGUGCAGAUGGCCUAGACACCACCACCUAUGCGGGUGCCAUGGCCCUGACCCAGGCACAGCCAGGCCCUCAGAAAGAGGCAGUGGAGAUGGUGGCUCCAGCUGUGGACCUGGUGCUAGGUGCCUCAGCCUGCUGCCUGGCCUGUGUCCUGACCAACCCCCUGGAGGUGGUGAAGACUCGGCUGCAAUUGCAGGGGGAGUUACAGGCAGGCACCUACCCAAAGCCCUACUGGGGCUUUAUGUCCUUAGCUGCUGUGGCCCAGGCAGAUGGGCUGUGGGGCCUGCAGAAGGGGCUGGCGGCUGGCCUUCUCUACCAGGGCCUCAUGAAUGGUGUCCGUUUCUACUGCUACAGCCUGGCAUGCCAGGCUGGCCUCACCCAGCAGCCAGGUGGCACCGUGGCUGCAGGAGCUGGGGCUGGGGCUCUGGGAGCCUUCGUGGGGAGCCCUGCUUACCUGGUCAAGAUGCAGCUGCAGGCCCAAACAGUAGCUGCAAUGGCUAUGGGGUGCCAGCAUCAGCACCAGAGCGUCCUGGGUGCCUUGGAGACCAUCUGGCAGAAGCAGGGCCUGCUGGGGCUGUGGCAGGGUGUGGGUGCUGUGCCCCAAGUCAUGGUGGGCUCAGCUGCCCAGCUGUCCACGUUCACCUCUGCCAAGGCUUGGGUACAGGAAAAACAGUGGUUCUCGGAGGACAGUUGGCUGGUAGCCCUGGCUGGAGGCAUGAUCAGCAGUAUAGCUGUAGCUGCUGUCAUGACCCCCUUUGAUGUGGUCAGCACACGGCUGUACAAUUAGCCAGUGGACAGAACUGGCAGGGGCCAACUGUACAGGGGCCUUGCCGAUUGCCUGGUGAAGAUCUAUCAACAGGAGGGCCCCCUGGCACUCUACAAGGGCCUGGGACUGGCCUAUCUGCGCCUGGGCCCUCACACGAUCCUCAGCAUGUUCUUCUGGGAUGAACUGCGGAAACUGGCAGAAAAGCCCCAAUACCAGGGUACCUAGUGUCAGCCUUCAUCCCACAUCCUCACACAACUUGGCACUCGGUGGAAGAACUGGCCUGCUCAGUAAGGACUGGCCACCAGGAGCCGACCUGAGUCAGGUCCUGCCACAAGUCAGGAGGACUGUGGACAACUCUGAUCAACCCAGCUCUAGAAUCAGAGUUCUUCGUGAGCACCCUCUGCCUCCUUCUCAGUUCUGCGUUACCAUGCCCCAGCACCUUGCCCAUUGCCACAGUAACCCAUGCAUAUCAGAGUCCCCAUGCACAGAGCAGCUCAGCUAUGCCGACUCCUCAGUUCUCCACUCAUAGUGUGACCCUCCAAAAUCUCUCUCCACAAAGCAGCAGAGGCUGAGGGGAGCCACAGUUCUGGUCAGAGUCACACAGCUUUGUGGUGCCAGAGCCAGACUUAGAACUCAAGCCUGGGUUCUGUACUUUUGACCAGGGCACUGCUAUGCCAGGGCUGUGGGGCAACAUAUCCCUCAGAGGUCACUGCACAUAUGGGAAAAUCCAUGAAUGGGUCACGAGGCCCUAGUGUCCCCCAGUGCCUAUUUUACCAGGGCCACCCUAACAAAGUUCUAAAGUGUUGGCAACCCAAAUCAACAAGAACUUAUUUUCUUAUUUUUUGAAGGCUGGAAGCUUGAGAUCAAGGUCAAGGGUCAGCCUCUGUCUUGAACUUUAUUUCAUUAUUUAUGUUGCUCAGAUCCUGGGACAUGUUAUAUGCUCUGCCAGUGAUGCACACCCCAAAGCCCAGGGCUAGCCCCUCUUGAGGCCUCUUUCCUUAGUUUGUGGGUGGCCACACUUCUCCCUGUGUUCUCACACAGCUGUCUCUGUAUAUUUAAGUCUGAUUACCUUUUAUAAGGACCCCAGUCAGACUGAGGAUCUAGCUCAGUUAAUAGAGUGCUUGCCUAGCAUGCAUGAAGCCUUGGGGUUCAACCUUAUCACCACAGAGACUGGGCAUAGAGGUGCAUGCUUGUAAUCUCAGCACUGGGGAGGCAGAGGCAGGAAGAUCAAGGGUUCAGGUCAUUCUUGGCUACAUAGUGAGUUUGAGACCAGCCUGGGCUACAUGUGAUUCUGGAGAGUUGAGAGGAGAGAGAAGAGGGGGAGGGGGAUGGAGAGUGAGGAAGAGAGAGAGAAAGAGGGGGAAAACCAGUCAUGUUAGAUGGGGCACACUGUAGGAAAACCAUGUUGUUACAGAGAUAGUUACCCAUCUCACAUACAGUCACCUCCUGAGGGAGUGGAGUUACAACUUCAGCAUGUGAAUCUGGAAGUAUUGAAUUCAGAAUUAUGAACCAUGGUAGGUCCAGUGCCAGACCCAUGGCCCUUUCUGCAGACCACAGACUCACUCCACCCCAAGUGGGCUCCUAAGACAUGCACUAACCUUUAUAUUAUGAAGGUGGACACCAGACAAGAUCCCAGGCCAGACAAGACUGGCCAGGAUCAAGUAGCCCCAACUACCUUCCCCACCAUACCCCAAGUAGGAGAGCUGCUCCCCAGAAACAGCCUGUGCUGUUUCUCCAAUAAAGUUUUCUAUUUUGUUUA